GGUAGAGGAGUGGAUGAACAGGUAUGAGAAUACGCCAGGGGUACUGAACAUCGCCGAAACGUGCUGCUCGUCUAUAUCGAUCGAUCAACUUGUACAAUUCAAUAGUGAUCAACAAGGCGACGCUCAUCCGCUGAUCGAUUUCUCUAAGCCUAUGACGUACGGUCCGAUCCGAGGAUCUGACGAGCUGCGGCGGAAUAUCAUAGCCACAUAUAACGAAGAUAUUGAUACGAAGACGACAGUUGCUCCUCUGUCUACCGAGAACGUUAUCGUCACACAGGGAGCCAUAUCCGCCAACCACUUAGUAUUCUACAGCCUCGUCGGGCCAGGAGACCAUGUGAUUUGCGUCUUCCCAACUUAUCAACAGCUGUACUCUCUCCCCGAGUCUUUAGGGGCUGAGGUUUCCCUAUGGAAGCUCAGACCGGAGAACAGGAAUAUUCCCGAUGUCGCUGAGCUCGACACCUUAAUUAGGGACAAUACGAAGAUGAUCGUCAUUAAUAAUCCUAAUAACCCAACGGGAGCGACAAUUCCAAAAGAGGUCUUGGCUAAGAUAAUCGACCUUGCGCGAAGACACGGCAUCACCGUGUUCUCAGACGAAGUUUAUAGACCACUGUUCCACAGCCUCGAACCGGGAAAUAUCCCACCAUCGGCACUAGCCUUGGGUUAUCCUAAGGUCGUAGUUACCAGUUCCAUGUCUAAGGUGUGGGCUCUGGCAGGUAUUCGAGUAGGUUGGGUGGCAUCGCUGGAUGCUUCCAUCAUCGAAACCAUCGCGUCCGCUCGCGAUUACACCACUAUCAGUGUGUCACAGCUCGACGACCAGGUGGCACGGUACGCUCUGAGUGCUUCCGUGCGGCCGCAACUCUUAGAGCGAAACAUUUCUUUAGCUAAGAGAAAUAUACAGCUACUAGAGCAAUUCAUCCAAGACCACUCGAACGUAUGCUCCUGGGUGAAACCGACAGCAGGAACCACAGCUUUCGUACAGUUCAGGGACAAGAAAGGGGCUCCGGUGGAUGAUGAAGCCUUCUGUAAGGAUGUUCUAGAUAAAACCAAAGUUAUGUUUCUACCUGGGUCUCGCUGUUUUGCAUAUGGUCAGACUUCAUCCUUUGAUGGGUUUGUCCGCAUCGGAUACGUGAACGAGACGCAGAUACUACGCCAAGCAUUAGAGAAACUGGGUUCAUAUCUAGCGGGCAAUUUGGAGUAAAGAAACCUCGAAUUUGGUAUUAGUUAUUCCAUAUACUUGGAUAAUAACCUGAAUUUCUAACAAUUCUCUGAAGUUAAUGCCACAACGUAACCAUCUCUUUGAUAUCAGGUAACUAGAUAGUAACUACCCUCGUAAUCGAAAGGCACUUGAGUAUAUGGAAUUAUAAUGCUUAACACAUCUGGGGGGAAUAUAUCUCCAUGGAUCCUCGUUACCGACUCGCUACAUUUGGCAUUCGGUCGGCUUCCGGGCUGUAACCUACCUGGUACCGGGUAGGAAGAAAGAGGGUGGGAACAAGGGGAAGCUGUCUAUCUGCACUGCGACGACAUUGCCGUAAUCUAACAUGCCAGAUAACAGUACUGCAUCAAUACGACCUUAGAUUGACAUAUUCCCGCGGGAUGCGGAAAUCAUGCCGUAUGACAAGGAGAGCGGAUUCUCAGCUUAUGAACAUUUUCAAAUCGACCUCUAUAACCUGAGGAUUAGAACAAAUCGGCUCUAGAUAGUAUUGUUAAGUGUAGGGAGUGAAGUAAGGAGAAGCGUAGACGAGAAAAAGAAAAAGUCCAGCUUUAGGCUUUAAGGCGGUUGAAAUUUAGUCAGGCACAAAUGUACGUCAAGGUAGCAUUGAACGAUGGGCUUCAAGAUGGCUGGGUUCCUAGCAAAGGUUAAAAACAUUACACAUGUGAUGAAGACGUGACGCUUAGAUGACGCUGACUUAAUAAAUGGCCUCAAGUUGGC